UAAUAAUAGAAAAGGCGAGAAAGUGAAAAACUUAUCCUAUCCGUUAUUUGAAGUUCUGUUGGUGAGUGUGAGUGAGUGUAUCAAUCGGCCACACAGAAAUGGGCAGUGCUUCUCUGAUUCCAGUUUCCUGGUUGCCUUGGCGGCCACUUUCUCCUUUCAAGGGAACGGUGAAAACCUUGGUCGCAAAACCAUGGCUGAAGAAGAUUCAGCAAGCAAGACCCCUCAUUUCCGUGGUUAACAAGGCUGCCUCUCUAUCUGCCCCCGUGACAGCACCCAGCGUCGGCGUUCGGUUUCGGCUGGACAAUUUGGGGCCGCAACCGGGUUCGAGGAAGAGGGCUAAGAGAAAGGGUAGAGGAAUAUCCGCAGGGCAAGGGGCAAGUUGUGGUUUUGGGAUGAGAGGUCAGAAAUCUCGAUCUGGACCUGGCGUUAGGAAGGGUUUCGAAGGUGGCCAGAUGCCGCUUUAUCGCCGAAUCCCCAAACUCAGAGGAAUUGCAGGAGGUAUGCAUGCGGGAUUGCCCAAAUAUGUCCAUGUAAAUCUGAGAGACAUAGAAGAUGCUAAAUUUAAGGAAGGGGAAGAAGUGUCUUUAGAGUCACUGAAGGCGAAAGGUGUGAUUAAUCCAUCAGGAAGAGAAAGGAGACUUCCUUUGAAGAUCUUAGGGGAAGGAGAACUGAGCAAGAAGUUGACAUUAAAAGCCCGCGCCUUUUCCACAUCAGCAAAGGAGAAACUUGAGAAUGCUGGUUGUUCCCUCACCGUGCUUCCUGGCCGCAAGAAAUGGGUUAAGCCAUCAGUUGCUAAAAACCUUGCCCGUGCCGAUGAAUACUUUGCCAAGAAGCGCGCCAUGGCUGCUUCCGAGCCAGCCUCAGCUUGAACUUGAGCCAGCCUCAGCACGCACUAGAUUUUUUUUGACAAAGUUGCUUACGUCAACAAGAUGAUUCUGUAAUUCUAAGCUAUGGGUAUUGUUUGUAAUGCUUCCCCAUUUGUGUUGAUUUUGAAUCUAUUCCUCUUAAAAGCCACUGCCAAAAGCAAAGGCAAACACAUGGUGGUUGUGUGAACACCAACUUUAUUUUGGGACCAAUGCGUGCCAAUCCUUUCAAACCAAAAUUGUCCUUUUCACCAAAUCGUAAGUCUAA